AUGCUCCGCCGCCCGCCAACAACCCUCACUCUCACCUCGGAAGACACCGCCUCGUAUGAAGACCGUCGGGCAGCCGCAACCCACCAAACUGGUCACCCAAUUCUCAAUCCAGGCCCGCGCUCCUUCAUCCCCUCGUCAGCAACCAAACCCACCAUCCUCGACCGCCACACCCAACUCCAACCCCCCCAACCGCGGCCAGGCCUCUCUGUCUCCCCACCUGGCUCAACAGAAGGCUUGAAUUUUGGCGACUAUGCCUCCUCCUCUUCCGAGGCAGAAGUAGACAACGACAGUUCCGACGACCAACGGCAUCAGCAAAGGAGACGACGGCGCGUGGCUCCAAGUCAGCAAAGCGACGAAGCAGGAGAUGAUGAUGAAGACGAGGACGAAGAAAUGGCGGACUAUGACCUCGGAGUAGCCGGACAGAUCCAGAGCUUACCCGCCGCGGCGCGGCAACCACAUCACCAACAACAGCACCAACCGCAUCACCGCGCACAACCCCAACCCAUCGCCACCAGUCGCCCCGGCGCCGUAACGCCUACAGCCGCUCACCCUACUGCCGCCGCGACACACAGCCACAUCCCACAAGCACCCUCUCGUCCACCACCGGCCAGCUCCCGAGCUACGUCGAUGGCGGCGGCUACACAGCGCCAUAUGCGCAUUGCGGGACCUGGAUGGGGUGCAGCGCAGACAGGAAUACAACAGGCGCAGACGCAGGGCCAAAUGAACCCUCCUCCGCCUCCGGCGCCGGUGCGGCGCCGCGAGGGGACGGCGGAGCCGGUGGAAGGGCGCGUGACGCGGAGUCGGGAGGAGCGCAUUGGGGUGGCGGGUCGCGGGAGGAGAUAG